GAGGAGACCGUUUGUUUGGGCUAUGCCUCCUGGUGGCAUGACAGUGCCUGCCUAGACCCUUGACCCCUAGCCCUCAACUCCCCAGCCUCCUUUGUGUGACGUGCUGCCCCUCCGCUGAGCACCUUGGUUAGGGGCCCGAAGGGAAGCCAGCGCCCACCACUUGCUCCCCCCCCCCCCCCGGCCCCCACCACUUGCCUUCUCGCUGGGCAGCUCCCCUGGCCUCCAGGCCUCUCCCUGCUCCCUCGGCCCCUCCUCCCGGGCCGCCCCAAUGAAGGAGCCGGAUGCCAUCAAGCUGUUUGUGGGGCAGAUCCCGCGGCAUCUGGAGGAAAAGGACCUGAAGCCCAUCUUCGAACAGUUUGGUCGGAUCUUCGAGCUGACUGUCAUCAAGGACAAGUACACGGGGCUGCACAAGGGAUGUGCCUUCCUGACAUACUGUGCCCGCGAUUCAGCCCUGAAGGCCCAGAGCGCCCUGCACGAACAGAAGACGCUUCCAGGGAUGAACAGACCAAUCCAGGUGAAGCCAGCCGACAGCGAGAGCCGAGGAGAAGACCGGAAGCUCUUUGUGGGGAUGCUAGGGAAGCAGCAGACAGAUGAGGACGUCCGGAAGAUGUUCGAGCCUUUUGGGACCAUAGACGAGUGCACUGUGCUGCGGGGGCCGGAUGGCACCAGCAAAGGCUGCGCCUUCGUGAAGUUCCAGACCCACGCGGAGGCCCAGGCAGCUAUCAACACCCUUCACAGCAGCCGGACCCUGCCGGGUGCCUCGUCCAGCCUGGUGGUGAAGUUCGCUGACACGGAGAAGGAGCGCGGUCUCCGCCGGAUGCAGCAGGUGGCCACCCAGCUGGGCAUGUUCAGCCCCAUCGCCCUCCAGUUUGGAGCCUACAGCGCCUACACCCAGGCCCUGAUGCAGCAGCAGGCGGCCCUGGUGGCGGCUCACAGUGCCUACCUCAGCCCCAUGGCCACCAUGGCUGCCGUGCAGAUGCAACACAUGGCCGCCAUCAAUGCCAAUGGCCUCAUCGCCACCCCCAUUACCCCAUCCUCAGGAACCAGCACCCCUCCUGCCAUCGCUGCCACGCCUGUCUCGGCCAUCCCCGCCGCCCUGGGCGUCAAUGGCUACAGCCCGGUGCCCACCCAGCCCACCGGGCAGCCUGCCCCUGAUGCUCUGUAUCCCAACGGGGUUCACCCCUACCCAGCCCAGAGCCCCGCGGCCCCCGUGGACCCCCUGCAGCAGGCCUACGCGGGGAUGCAGCACUACACAGCAGCCUACCCCGCAGCCUACAGCCUGGUUGCGCCCGCGUUCCCGCAGCCUCCUGCCCUGGUCGCCCAGCAGCCCCCGCCCCCGCCCCAGCAGCAGCAGCAGCAGCAGCAGCAGCAGCAGCAACAGCAGCAACAGCAGCAGCGGGAAGGCCCUGACGGCUGCAACAUCUUCAUCUACCACUUGCCCCAGGAGUUCACGGACUCAGAGAUCCUCCAGAUGUUCAUCCCCUUUGGCCAUGUCAUCUCAGCCAAAGUCUUUGUUGACCGGGCCACCAAUCAGAGCAAGUGUUUUGGCUUUGUGAGUUUCGACAAUCCGGCCAGCGCCCAGGCUGCCAUCCAGGCCAUGAACGGUUUCCAGAUUGGCAUGAAGCGUCUCAAAGUCCAGCUAAAGCGGCCUAAGGAUGCCAACCGGCCCUACUGAGGGCCCCAGGUCUGGAGGCUCCACAAGAAGGGGCUCAUGCCUGCCCGGCCCCAGCCCCCUCCGCACAUCUCUGGGCCUUGAUUGGGCUCUGGGGGCACAGGACACACCCACUCCUGCCAGCCGCCUCUCCGCAAGGGCCUGUUUCCUCCCAGGUGCCCUUUUGGCCUUUGUGAGGGAGCAAGGGACAGGCCUGAAGGCUUGGGGUACCUGCCUUCUGCGGGGUUCCUGUGCCGGGCCUCCUGCGCCCAGCUUUCGCACCUGCGUCCCCACCAGGGGCCUGUUCUACCUGAGCAGUGGCAGGGCCAAGGGGCUCCCACGUGCUCCCCACUGGCCGCCCCAGCCUCUUCCCCACAUCAGGGGCUUCUCAGAAGCUGGUUCUUGCUCCGUGCCACCCUGAGCUAGAGGUAGGACACCCCUAAACCCUGGGCUCCCAGCCCUAAAACUCACUGCCUCCCUAAGGGCCCCCUCUAAGGAGGGUGUGGGGGAGCCCUGAGGGCUGCCUCUCCGCCAGUCAGCCACAGAGACCCUCCUCCUUUCACGAGGAAAAGAUCUCCCCGAGCCCCUAAAAAUGUUUACAGUCUCUGCUGGUCCCUCCAUGUAAAUACCACUACCAGCCGUGUGUGCGUUACCCAGCCCGGCCCGCCCGGCCGCUGCCAUCUCUCUUCGGGGAGUUUAGACAAUGUUCCCCUUGGAUUUCUUCUCUCUUGAUUUCUCCCUUUGCUUUGGGGGUAAUUGGGUAUUAGGGAGGAGGGGUGUGGGGAGGGAUAAAGGGGUUUAUUACCUGGUCAUU